AUGCGGGAUUCAGUUGAUGCCAGUGAAAUCAAGGCACUCCUGCAGGAGUUGGAAGGCGUCGUCGGUAGUCCCACCACAACUAAAGAAGAAAAUGAAAGGCCCUUUUCUCCAAAAAAGCGGGGUUCAAGCAACGUGGAUGUUGCGGUCUCCCGCUACGCUGGUCAUCUUGGGCAAUCAAAGUUCUCCACGUAUGCGAACACAACAAACGACAGUCGACGUGCGGUGGUCCCCCUGUGGGAGCGUCUCCCCCCAGUGAACACAGUGGAUAUCACUGGAGAUGCCUCAUGCCCUGUAAAGAGUCCGGUCACGGCUUCCCAAAAGACAUUUCUUCGCCCUAAACUCGUUGGAGGUGCGGUGGGCGCUUCACUUCAACGAAUGCCAUUGGAAGGAAAAGUAAACAACGCGAGCCCACCAAAAAACGAUGAACAAGGGCUCCAACAAACAAAGUUGACGUCGCAGAAACAGAUACAGGGGGAGGAAAAGGAGCCGCCCACAACGUCAUUCUCGAAGGAACCGCUAGCGCAAGGCGAAGGCGAAGGCGAAGACAGAGAAAGAGAAGUGAAUUUUUUACCCAUCAUGUGUGCCAGGUACAUAAACCCUGCAGGCAUCACCCCUCGCGCCCGUUGGGGACACACGCUGACCCCAAUGCAAGGCCAAAAGCUGCUUCUCUUUGGUGGAAUGGAAAUCGAGGAAGGUGAAACUGCGUCUCUCUUUGAGUAUGACACGCACCAUAUUUCAUGGGAUCCCGUGUGUGUGUCCGGCGGUGUGACUCCCACGCCUCGAACGAACCACGCGGCAUGUGCUUCUGGAGGAAGAUGGCUGUACAUUAGUGGGGGGACAACAGACCGUGGGACGCGUAUCCUUGGCGAUCUUUACUGCUACGAUAUCUUCACCCAGGAGUGGACGUGUCUUUGGGAGUACGGGGGGUCUUCGACUCGGAGCAAGCACGAGCCGACACCUCGUUUUGGUCACUCGAUGGUGUCGUGGGAGGAUCGUUUGUACAUUUUUGGUGGAAAAACGCCAAAGCGGGAUCAAGGGGAUUCACAAAGUACACAACACGUGACAGUGGCUUCUACGGAUGUUUACGUGUUUUCAUUGACCAGCCGCAAAUGGAAGAGGCGAAUCCACGCGGGGAAAACCAUGGGGCUGAAUGGCGACGGGAAAAACAUUUUAAACAACAGAAAACCCGAGGAGACCCCACUACCCGCCGCACCAUCUGUGACACAGUUAACGAAUGUGUUUUCAGAACGGCCUGCAAAUCGUUUCUUUCAUGCGGCCUGUGUCCUUGGUGACUGCAUGUAUAUUAAUGGAGGAACGGGCGACGGUGGGGUCAUUUUGAGCGACACUUGGUUUCUGGAUCUUAGAAAACAGCAUUGGGUCUUGCUUCACAAUGGCAGGACUGCAGACUCCUUUCCUAGGGAAAAACAUCAUCUCUUUGCAUGUGGAGAAGCUUUGUUGGUGGUUGGUGGAUGUAGUGCGAGUAGUCACAGUACACGUAUCACGCUAAAGUACCAUAAUUUUGUCGCCGUGUUGCCUUUUGAAGGUAACGACUCGCCAUGUUGGAUCCCUGUGGCAAUGGGAAAUGUCUCCAUUGUGGCCCCCAAUAGGAAAUCAUUUGGUGCUGCCUUUGCUGGUGGAUUUGUACAUGUUUUUGGAGGGGUGUCUGGUAGCGAGCCCGCGUCAAACUCAAUGGUACGCUUCCUUGCUGCGGAUGGAUACUUUGAAACAGACUCACGUUCGUGGGCAAAAUCGAACGCAGACGCUCUCACCUCCAUGAUGCGCCACAUACGCGAGGCCAGUAUCUCUACCAUGUUUGACACUUACGCCAUACCGCGCAGCUGGGAUGGGGAAACAGGAAUUGAUACGUUGAGUAACCGGCCGUAUGGUGUGCAUCGUGGUUUCCUGCAGCAACGUGCACCUAAAUUUUGGGAGGAUCUCAAGCGUUGUCGCAUGGAACAUGUAAAGCCGGCUGGAACUGGCAGCGCGAUGCCCUCGCUUGAUUUGACGGAUCCCUUAAAAGACGCAUUCACACCAUCGCCAGUAUUUUCAACAACAGGGGGAGUGGCGACAACAUCGACGGCGGCGGGUGAAACACAUCCGAGUCAUGCUGUUGCGUACUUUACGGAGGGCAAUUCGAGAAUUCAGGGACUUUCGGUAUCGUUGUCCGCGGAACAGUUGCAGUGUUUGCUGGAUUAUAUUUACUGGGGAGACGUGCGACACCGCAUUCUCUUGGAGCAGGAAGAGGAAGAGUAUACGAAGGACGCAAAUGUCUCUGGGCAAGGAGACGCCAUGCAGGAGGAGGCGAAAGUUUUGCAGGCCUUACGACACGCGGCAGAUGUAUAUGAUUUAAAUCCACUCAUGGAUAUCUGCGAUGCAUUGCUCGCACGUAGUCGUAAGAAACUUAAGCAGGCUCAUGAACGAAGUACAAGGCAAUUACAGGCGGACCUCUUAUCCCUUCUAGAGAGUUCCAAUUCUGCAACCGCAACGGUUUUGUUUGUUGAUCCUCAUACCAAACAAAAGAGUGUUUAUUCUCUUCAUCCAUUUAUUCUUAUGGCCGCGAGCUCGUUCUUUAACGACCUUCUAAGACCUUUGGUGAGUGGAGAAAAAACAACUUUUCAGGUGGGUCCUGUCGCUGCCAAAAUGAGAAGCGCUGGUCGUGGCUCUUCUCAGACGCGGCGAGAUAUUCUGGUGGGACCUGUGUCUGUGCCCUAUUUGGCCGUUAAACCGCUCUUGCGUUUUUUAUAUACUCAAAGGCUCACUGUACCGCGUGAAGCGGUGUUUGCGACCCUGUUGGGGUCCCAUUUAUUGGACGUUGCGCCGCUUCAGGCGUAUUGUGAGUCCAUAUUGGCGCGGGAGGAAGUGAACUACGACACGGCGGGGCAGUUUUACUCCUUGGGGAGGAAGUACCAUGCACCACUCUUGCAGGAAACCGCCCUCCUUACUGCUGUACUGGGGUAUGCAGAGGUGUGCCGAUCGCCGGCCUACAAGGCGCUGAGUGAAAAGGAGGCUCGCGAAAUCGAUGCGGUGGCACAUGAACUCGGUGCCACAUCAUGGAUUGCCCCACCGCAGGCCGUGAGUGAAGUGAAGCCAGCUGCGGUGUACCAACUCCGAUGGAAUGCAUCAUCGCCGUUAAGCAAAUGA